AUGCACAAGAUCUCGCGCACCUCGCUCGCUGCUAUAGUCUGCCCCUCAGCGCCGUUCCUUGCCCCGCGUCUCCUUCGCGCCGCCGUGUCCAUUGCUGUCCACCCAGCCAGAGGAGCCACGCCAUCUGCAGCCCCCCAAAAGUCAUGUUAUGCGACUGAAGCAAAGUCCAAAGGCACCCGCUUGUCUGGGCGAGAGAGAUGGGAGAGGAGAGCCAAGUGGCUGAAAAAAAGUAGCCUUGCAGAGCCGGAUGUCGCUUCAGAUGGGGUUGCGCCUCUGCUCGGCAGGCUGCGCAAAGCAGUCGAGCUGCGCGACUUGCCGCUCAUGAUGCAUCUGUACCCAACUCUCGUCGAAGCGCGACUUCUGAACCGCAAGGACACUCGCUGCAUUGCCCAGGCAUUGCAUGUCCUCGCCCGCCAACGGACCAAGCCGCCGAACCUUACCCAAUUCACCGAGAAUGUUGUCGCCGACAUCCUCAGUGGCGCACUCCCGCCUCAUCCCUAUGCAUUCGUCCACCUGCUGGGCCUGUACAGAGAUCUCAAGCGUUUCACCGAGGGGCAUGAGCUGUGGCAAUGGCUCGUGCAGCAAGACGAUACCUAUCUGUCCCAGGCUGCCUAUGGUGCAGCUAUUGAGUUACUGGCCCACGGAGGCAAGGCAACUCUGCCGCAACUCGAGGAGCUGUAUAGCCAAGGACUGGUGCGCUUUCCAGGAACCUUUGCAGCCUACCAUCUCUCGCCUGACGCCAUUGUUCCGGACCGCACUCAGCCAGUCGUCGUGCCAGGCGUCCCGACCGUUUUGUUCCAGGGCAUAUGCACCGCCCGCAUUCUGGCGCGCGACUGGAAAAACGCAUAUCUGGCGCUCGAUACCAUCCUUCGCUUGUACCCUACGCAGGUCCCGCCUCGUUUCUUUGAGCUUUUCCUGGCUGAGCGACCUCUCUCGGAAGCUUACACAGCAGUCAUGAUCGCAUGUCGUGCGGGCAUACUCAUGAGCCCUGCACAAAUCAGCAAUCUCAGCCAUGACUUGAAGAAUGCUUUGCUCAGCGCUGCCUCAAUGUCGGAUCGCGUCAAGCUCUUGCGAGCCAUUGCGAACGCUCUAUAUGCCUACCAAGAAGCUGGUGGAACAAUACAGGACCGGUACAUUUCGACUCUCCUUACUUGCUUCUCUCAUUUGCUACCGUCAGUGAGUCCAGGUGAGAGCUUUGACGGUGACGCUGCUCAACUCCGUACCAUUGUUGUUCUUACGGCGCGUGAAAUCAUGACAGGGCUGCUACAGGCCGGCUUUCCUGGUCAGUUGAAGCUGUGGGAGGCCAUGAUUUCUAUAGCUGGGCCUCUGCGCGAUCCCGACCUGCUCACAACAACUCUGCAAGACAUGAAGGCAGCCGGCGCAGAAUUGAGCCCAGCCGGCACCAGGGUUGCGAUGAAUUCUGCUGGCUUACUGAAGAAUCAGGCGCUAAUUAAGCUGCUGUGGCACAAGGUCAUUUCCACUGCCGAAAGCGAGGGCGCACAGAUCGCCUUCGAAGACUGGAUCACUUUCACCAAGGCGUGCAGGAGGGCUGAUUUGGUGGAUUACUUCCGCGAACAAGAAUCAAAAUUGGCACACACGACCACUGCUGCCGUCCAGCAGUACCUGGCUCAGAAACUGGAUUUCGACGAGAGCUUGCUCAUCAACAGUCAGCCGUCUUUCGAAUACAUGCCAGUCGAAGAGUUCGCCGCCGAAAUGGAAGGUCUGAAGGAGCAGAUGAACAAUGUGGAAGCGGUCAUCAUGUCAGGCGCGCCGCUCGAUCUCAAGAGAUUUCCAUUCCACAUGCACAUUGAUCCCUCUGCCACACCAAUAAGCUCGCCCGAGAACCUCCGCGCCGUGUACGAUGAGAUGACGACCGACCCGCACCAGCCCCCACCACAGCCAGCCGCGGACGGAUCGGUGCCUCCACCCGCUCUGAGCUCAACGAAAAUCGCCUUCGACGAAUUGCGCUUCUUGAACUGGUUGAGCAUUGUUGAGUUGAUGAACGAAGCUGAAGCGUUUGAGAAGGAUCUGAACGUCAAGAUCGACCAGGCUAUCAGCGCAGGCGAACCUGCUGAUACACAGCGGCUCCUCUACCGGCCAAAAGUGCUGAAAGAGCCGCUGAAAACGCAGGCCGAGAUUAAGGAGAGGAUCAAAGCGCUGCGAAGUCCUUCGCCGACUAUUGCGACAAGGACCACACCACGCGAUUGA